CGUUAUCUCCAAAGAAACGCCAUCUCCGAAGAACAAUUACUUUCAAUGACCAGUCCUGUCAAUGGUACGUGAUCAAACACUGUGGCUGACAAAAAUAUGUAUUAACUGAACGGAUAUAGCCCCAUCUCCAGUCUUCAGUGUGUAUACUCCUCAGUUUGUUCGAUCACCUACACCAGGCUCGUCAAUACCCGGGCUCGCUUUCCAAGCCCUGUCUCUCAUGGAUCCUUACCAACAUCGCCAGCCUGAUGUAUUACCAACCGCAUCAGAGGAGGUGCCCAUGUUUGAUCCCGAAACCUUUCAACCAUUGCUUAAGCCAUUACAAGCAGGCUCGGAGAACGAAGUUUCCGUCCAGAAUAACGCUUCGUCGACAGCGACGCCUCAGCACAUAUCAUAUGAGACGCCACAACCCUUUCUCAUUAGCGAUAGUCCAUCAGCAUCAUCGGAACAUGGAAGUGGUCUGCCUACAGCUAGUGGGAAACCCUCGCUAGAGCCUCUGGUAGAAGACCCAGACUCAGCAAACCACCUCUAUGCCGCCAGCCUUGUGCGACACAGCCCCAAUCCAGGGAGUUCCGUGCCAGCGCUCAGCAUCAGAAAUAGUACUUUGGACGAACAUGCGCCGGUACUCCCUUCUGCAACAACUUACCAACCUUCAAGGCUAUCGACAUACGACAUCUUUAGCGGGGACGUGCAAGAGUCUGUCAGCUCUCCGGUAAUGGCGACUGUUUCGUUUCCUUCCGACGAUGAUGAGUUCAUUUUCAUAAACCGCGAGCACGAGAGCGAACCUGUGCUUGAUCAGACAGAAGAAAAGGAAUCCACAUAUGAAGAUCCAAUCGAACGUGAGGAGCGAUGCCAAGCCCAGAGAGAGUACUGCAGUGCUAUUAACAAGUACAUUACCAACAGAGGUAGCCAAACCGAACCGUUCCUUCGGGUGGCCGUGCUGGGACUGACCCAAUGCCUCAAUUAUUGCCCUACAUAUGAGGUUCCAAGCGCCGCUUGUAUCUGCUUAGAUCUCCUGGUAUCACGUCCCUGGGCUAAAGACCUGGUCUGGUAAACAGCUCUUUUUGGGUGUGUAUGUGCGUCUAAGGAGAGAAGAGAGGAGGAGCGGGGAGCUCGAGCUAAGUACAGGGUGCCACGCUAG